AUGGCUACAAGUAUAAGAGGAGAGAAGCAUCAAACUAAAACUUUUCAAGAAGAUUAUGGUUUCGAUACACAUCAACAGUCGACAGACAGCUAUGCAUCGCGUUUGACUAACUUUGAAGAUGAACAGACAAUUCUAGAUGACAUGGACGAUAUAUCCUUGUACUCAAUACAUUCUCAAUCAUCGGAUGAUUUUGAUGAUUUAUUCAACAUAAUGUUCUCACCAUCAUCUAUUUCUACAAACUUUUCAGGAUUAAUAAGUGAUAACUUACAGCCAUCAACUAUAGAGGAUAUCGACUCAUCAUCGACAACUCCAUACAGUUUUUGUGAUCUUCAUGUUGGUCGCAUUCCGGGUUCGAUCACUAAGCAUCAACUGUGGGAAUUAUUUCCCAAAGCCGCUUCUAUCGAAUAUAAACAAGGAACAAUUACGCAUAGCCGUAUCAAACUAGGAUAUGCAUUUGUCCAUUUUGUUGAUAUUAAAUUGGCGGAUGAAGCGAUGCAGUCCUUGAAUAAAAAUUCUUUACGAAUGGAAAAUGAGAAAGAUGUCCUACGUCCUUAUCCAGUUGAUUCAUCUCAAGAUAAAAUUUUUCAUAAAAUAGUUUUUGCUAAAAGAGAUUUAAUACCUCGAAUAACAUCAUUUCUAUUUACAAUAUUAACAUAUCCAUUUAUGCUAAUAAGUAAAUAUUUAAAUAAAAGAUCAAUUAUAGAAAAUGGUGAAGAAAAAGAUGAAAAAGAAAUUGGUUCAAUAUAUGUUUCAACACGAAUAAAUGCAAUGGAUUCAAAAUUUUAUUACGUUGUACGUAAUGGAAAAAUUUGGUUUAAACCAAUUGGUGCUCAUAAAGAUGCUUCAUGGAAAUUAUUUGGUGGUAAUGGUUUUAUUGAUAAUUGUAAAACUCCAUUAAUAUCAUUAAGUGCUGAUGGAGAUAAUAUUUUAGCAGUUGAUCAAAAUCAAAUAAUUCAUUAUGCUAAAAGUAAUCAAAUUAUUUGUCAAGUGUCAUUUGAUUGUCCAACAUGGAAAAUAAUUGAAUCAAGAGUUAAAUGGACAGAAAAAUGGUUUAAUAUGGAUGGAGUAUCUUUAAUUGUUAAUUUAUUUAAAAAUCCAAUAUUAAAAUCAUUAGAAAAUAAUCGAAGUAUUUGUAUGUCUCAUAAAGGUCAUGAUACAAUGUAUUAUACAGAUAUGAAAGGAAAAAAACAUCCUGAUCCAUAUGUUGGUGUAACAACAAUUUAUACAUUAAAUAAUGAUGGAACAAGAAUAUUUUUUGCUGAUCCAUGGUUACAAAAUAAAUUUGAAAAUGAAUUAACAACUCCAGAAGAAGGACAAUUUAUAGCUGAAUCAAUGGCAACUAGUGGAUCAACUUUAUUUCUUAUUCAAAGAGCAAGAAAUGAAUUUGGCAAAGAAAUUAAUAAAAUGUAUACAAGAUUUGCUGAUUUUGAUUCAAUUGGAUCAAAUCCAGCACUACGAGCAACAUAUAAUAUUAAUAAUAAUAUUCCACUUAUUAGAAUAAUUCCAUCGGAAGAUUGGAUUAAACAACCAGAUAUAUCUAUUCAAGAUAAAGCUCGUUUAACAAAAAAUAUUUCAAUACUUCAAAUUGGAUGGGGACAAAAUAAUAGACAAUUAAGAGUUCAAGGACAAAAUCAAUAUGGACAAAAUGGAUUUUAUUUUAAAAAUAUUUAUGAAAAACAAUGGAAUUUUCAAAUAACAAAUGAUAUCGAUUUAUCAGAAGAAGAGUUUCUAUCUCAAUUAAUUCCUCAUAUUGGAUUUGAUAAAGGUCCACAAAUAACUUUUGAUUAUGAAAAUGGUCAAUUACAAUCAAAUUUAAUUAAUCAUUCAAUAAAAAAUAUUAUUCUAGAAAAAUAUUCUCAUCGUGGUCUUAAUGAAAGAGGUUUACAUACAAAAUUAAUUCUUAUUUUUGAAAAUAAUUCAAAUUUAUCAAUUCCAUUAUAUGCACGUAGAGGAUGGAAAAGUUUAAUAGGAAUUUCACAAGAAAAUAUUUGGAAAUUAGUUAUUCCAUUAAAUUAUUUUCAACAAAAUCAAUUUUUUAUUAAACAAAUAUUAGAAAAGAUUUUCAAUAAUAAAUCAAGACAUUCAGUUUAUGUCACACAAACUCAACAUGAAAUUUCUAUUACAAAUCAAUUUUUUACUCGUUCAAAAUUUAAAUUCAUUUUUAAAAUGAAAACACAAUAA